AUGCAGAGUAACGAGGAGGCAUCUCAGUGCGGAGACAAUCGCGUCCCCUUCUCGGAGGGGCAUUGUUGCCGCGUGGCAAUAAAUUGCCCAAUUCCGCGUCCCCCCCCCCCCUCCCUCGCCCCUCAGCUACAGGCCCCGAGGGACACUGGCGAUAUAAUCCACUUUCGCCCAUUCACCCCGCCCGAAUGGAAAGCGGCCAAAACCAAUUUAUAUUUUCAUCCCGCCUUGUCGUAUUUAGACCUUUACAUAGACGAAAAUAAGGAUUACGAGCCAUUGUGCCGUUCGCACGAGCAGUUGGUGCAGGACGCCCGAGGCGCUGAGUACCGCGAGGGCACAAAGAGGUCGCGGAGGAGCGGCGAGGCGCGCGAGGUCAAGCGCCCUUCGCCGUGCCCUAUCGCCGCUGCCGCCCCUCAGCACUCGGCAGAUGCACGCCACUCAGCGCUAGUUGGCACAAACCCGGAGCAGCCAGACAAGAGCUUAAAGAUGUAU